UGGUAAAAUGUGGUAAUCAAUAUUUUAGGUUAAUGUACAAAGUCGUCAGUAAACAAUUAUUUUCUUUUCUAAAUAAUUCUUCGUUCUGUCUCGUCGGAAUCGAUCUUGCAGACGAAAUUGUACAAUGGCCAAGUUAACAAGGGAACGCAAACGCAAAUCUGCGAUUAAUGAAGUGGUAACCCGUGUGUACACCAUUAACAUGCACAAGAGACUACUGAACAUUGGUUUCAAAAAGCGGGCUCCUCGUGCAAUCAAAGAAAUCCGCAAGUUUGCCACCCAACAAAUGGGCACACAGGAUGUGCGCAUUGACACUAGGCUAAACAAAUUUGUUUGGUCCAAGGGAAUCAGGAGUGUACCAUUCCGCAUUCGUGUACAAUUGGCUAGGAGACGAAAUGACGAUGAAGACUCACCACACAAGUUGUACACUUUGGUUACCUGGGUUAAUGUACCUACAUUCAAAAAAUUAGGUACAGAAAAUGUUGACGGAACCGAAGAAUAACAUGUAAACACUUUGUCUUUGAUAAUAAAUAAGUAUAAAAUGAUAAACUGUUAAUAA